AAACAUAUAGUGAUCGUAUAAUUAAGGUACGAUUUUGGCUUGCUUAGUUAGGAUAGAACUGAUGGAUCAAUUUGCUGAAACCCUGGACAAAAUUGGUUCGUUUGGCAAGUACCAACUAUUCAUAUGCGGUUUGCUAGCUUUCAGCACUAUACCAAAUGGAUUUCUUGCAAUGGUGCCCGUAUUCUCACAAAACACUCCGCAACAUUACUGCCGAAUUCCGCAACUUGAAGAACUAGCUACACAACAGAAUAUUUCGCGGAACUCAACUGAAUACCAAACUUGGUUGGAUUUCAGUUUGCCUUCGGAAAAGCAUAAGAAGGGUGUUUUCGCUAAGAGCCAAUGCAAGAGAUACAGUGACAUUGGUUUCACAUGGAAUGGAACAUCAGCAAUUCCAAUGUACACUAACAACAGUAACCGUGUUAUAAUAGAUUGCAACCAUGGAUGGGUAUACGAAAGUGAUAGAACAACUCUUGCUACAGAGUGGGACAUCGUAUGUGAAGAUGCAUGGCUCUUACCUCUCACGACUACAGUCUAUAUGUUUGGGGUUUUACUUGGUUCGUUUCUAAGUGGAAUAUUUUCCGACAGAUACGGCAGAAGGCCAACUUUCCUACUUGGUACUGCAGCAAUGUACGUGUGCAUUGGUUUGAACAGCUUUUCUGUAAACUUUUACAUGUACAUUGCGACAUUUUUUGGAUGUGGUAUUACGGCACUGAUCAAUUAUACGGCUGCAUUCGUUUUAGCAAGUGAAAUAAUCCAUGUUUCGAAGCGGUCCUUAAUUGGGAGUUUGGAAAAUUGUGGAUUUUCUGUCGGAUAUAUGAUCCUGGCACCAAUUGCCUACUUUAUCCCGGGCUGGCGGUGGCUUUUUAGAGCCCAAUCACUUUUCGGGUUAAUAUUUAUUCCAUACUAUUGGUGGUUACCGGAGUCUCCUUUAUGGUUAAUGUGCUCGGGCAAGGUUGAGGAAGCGAUGGUAAUUAUGCGCGAAAUUGCAAGAACCAACGGCAAGACAGUUGAAGACGACGACUUAAAGAAGUCAUUACUUAUGGUGAUAAGUAUAGUAUAUACAGUCUCUGAAACUCUUAUGAUUGCCGGGGCCAUGACAAGCAAGUUGUUCAUUACCGGGUGCUUCAAUAUCGUUUACAUCUUUUGCUGCGAGCUUUUCCCAACUCUCAUGCGAAACUUGAGCAUUGGAGCGUCUUCUACGGCCGCAAGAGUUGGGGCGAUUGCUUCCCCUUAUCUCAUAUUCUUAAGCCAGCAAACAAACUACUAUUCUUCGUACCUCAUUAUGGCUUCACUUGGUGUGUCGGCUGCCGGACUUACCUUACUUCUUCCAGAAACGAAAACCAUUCCAUUGCCAGAGACGAUUGAAGAUGCUGAAGACUUAGAAAAAUACACCAUGUGUUGUUCUGGCGGUUACACAAAAAGUAGAACGAUUAUUCGUCAACGCAGUUCAGUUGUAUAA